UCAAGAUCAAGAUCACUGGCACUACAUCACAUCGCAGGCUCGCAGCAGCGGCGGCACCCGGCAACAGGACUCAGGAAGGUGACCCAGGACACUGCGUCUUCUGCUGAUAUUAGAUCCCCUGUGAAGAUUACCAUCUAAUACGAUGGCGGAAAAGACUGCCCUGGUUCUUCUGGCAGAGGGAGCCGAGGAAAUGGAGGCCGUCAUUUCCAUUGACGUGCUGAGGAGGGGUGGAGUUAAGGUAACAGUUGGUGGCAUUGAUGGCAGUGGUAGUGUGCUGUGCAGUAGGGAUGUGGUGAUGCUGCCUGACAUGUCCCUGGAGGAGGCUGUGGCAAAGGGUCCUUAUGAUGCUGUAGUUAUUCCAGGAGGAUUGAAGGGAGCUGAAAAUAUUGCUCAGAGUGCAACUGUGAAAUCUCUGUUAGAAGAGCAAGAAAAAGCCGGGAGGGUGAUUGGUGCUAUUUGUGCAGCUCCUGCAGUUAGUUUGGCUGGUAUUGGCAUUGGACAGGGAAAGAAAAUGACAUGCUAUCCUGCCCUCAAGGACAAGCUGACAGGAUCUGGGAAACAUACUUUUGAGGAUAAGAAAGUCGUCAUUGAUGGUCAGUUCAUCACAUCCCAGGGACCUGGAACAGCUUUUGACUUUGGACUUGCUCUGGUGGAGAAGUUGGUAGAUUCUGAAAAGAGAGCAGCUACUGCCAAGGCAAUGCUGCUUCAGUAGAUAGUACCAAAAGUGCUCAUUGUGUACUUGUUUUUCUUUCUCUGAAGAGAACAGUUUACAAUGAAUGUAUAAGAUUUUCUUAGAUGGCUUAUUACAUUUGAUGGCUUAUUACCUUUUGCUUACCUUUUGAAUUUUGAAGGUAUCAUAUAGCACUCUUUGGCUCAUUAAGAAUAUAAUUGACUUUUUUUAUUUUAUUCUACUUUUGUUAUUCUGAUUUAAUUUUGUUCUGAUGGUAUUCAAAAAUUUUCUGCCAUUGAAAAUAGCCUAAAAAUCUUGUAUAGGACUAUAUAUAUAUAUAUAUAUAUAUAUAUAUAUAUAUAUAUAUAUAUAUAUAUAUAUAUAUAUAUAUAUAUAUAUAUAUAUAUAUAUAUAUAUCAGCUGGUCCUCAUUUUUUUUGCCUUAUUUUUUUUUUUAUUUAUUCAUCUAUAUAUUGAUUUUGUUUAUUAUUUGACAAGGCUUUAGUAUUAAACUUCUGGAUAUCAAAUUACUUUUUUUCUUGUUUAAUUGGUCAUUUCUUAAUGAAAGCAUGAAAUACUUUCAUGAAUUCAGUCUGCUUGACACUACAAAUGACUAAUGGGCUAAGUUUGUUUCUGUAUACUUUAUCAUAACUGUGAUACUGGUGGAAGACAGCUGCAGUAAGAAACAUGAUAUAUGUUCAGGUUUUCAGUAAAAUAUUAAAGCAAA